AAAAAAAUAAAAAAUAUAUAUAUAUAUAUUGCAUUGCCAUAAACUAGAGAUAACGGCUGCAUUCAGACGAAAUAAAUGGGUAUAAAAGAUCUAUGGAGCGUGUUAACACCAUACGCUGAGCGUAAACCUAUAUCUGAGUUACGCGGCAAAAUUGUCGCUAUUGAUUUGGCGGGCUGGGUUUGCGAGAGUCUUAACGUGGUCGAUUACUAUGUGCAUCCGAAACAUCACUUAAAGAAUUUAUUUUUCCGUACGACUUACUUGAUAUGGGAGGAGGUUAUACCAGUGUUUGUGCUAGAAGGAGAAGCUCCAAUACUUAAAAGUCAAGUAAUUGCAAAACGUAAUGAAUUGCAAUUUCGAGGCGUCAAACCGAAGGAUAAAGUGGCAGCUCAAAGUCAAAGCAAUACUCAAGAAACGAAAAGCGAAAAAGGUCGCACUCGAUUUAACCAUGUUUUACGGCAAUGCGAAAAUUUAUUAAAAGCUAUGGGUAUGCAAUGCGUACAAGGACCUGGAGAGGCGGAGGCCUAUUGCGCUUUUCUCAAUGAAAAAGGCUUGGUUGAUGGGGUCAUAAGCCAAGAUUCAGAUUGUUUCGCGUACGGAGCUGUGCGUGUAUAUAGAAAUUUUUCCGUGUCCAAUCAAGGUGCGCUAGCAGCGCAAGGAGGUGCUGUAGAUAUCUAUGAUAUGCGACAAAUUUCUUCAAAAAUUGCUUUCGGACGAAAUAAGAUCAUUGCUAUGGCUUUGUUGUGCGGUUGUGACUAUUGCCCGGAAGGUAUUGGUGGCAUUGGACGUGAUAGUGUUCUAAAAUUAUUUGAUAGAUACAAAGACGAUGAAAUUUUGCAGCGAAUACGUAAUUGGCGUAAGGAAGAUGACAAAUACACUGCUCUAGAAAUGCGUGUAGACGAUAAAAGCGUGUGCAGCAAUUGCGGCCACAUAGGCCGCACUCAAAGUCACAAAAAAAAUGGUUGUGGUGUGUGUCGUACUCCUUAUGGUUGCGACGAAACUCUAUGGAAAGACGAACGUCUUUCGCUAAAGUCAGAAAUACUUUUGCGGCGAAAAGCUUUGGCAGACCUUUCGUUUCCCAACGAGGAAAUAAUCAAAGAGUUUUUAACCCAACCCGACGAAAUUCCUCAAUUACAGUUGUCCUGGAAUCAACCUAAUAUAGUGAAAUUUAUCAAACAAAUUGGUAAUCUUUUGCAAUGGAACGAAAUCUAUUGCUUUCAAAAAUUUUUCCCAAUUUUAACACGCUGGCAUGUGAAGAAUGAUUGCAACAUUAAGCAAACAUCUUGUGGUUUAGUACGCCUAACCCCUAAAGAGAUUUUAAAGAAGCGUAUCGUUAAGGGUGUUCCAUGCCUGGAAUUGUUGUGGCAAGAUGAAGGAAAUUAUUUUAAAGGACUAGUACCUGAUGAGCAAUUGAAUCAAUUGGAAGAGAGUGAUCAUAACGCUUUUUCUCAUCUUUGGACUACCAUAGAACCUUUGCAUAUGAUGGAGAGGGCUUAUGGUGAUUUGGUGGAAAAAUUUUUAAAAUCUAAAGAAAAGCAAAAAAAAAAGACUGCUAAAAGGAAAGCUAAAGGCAGUGCAAGCCAUAAACCAUUAAGCUCUUUGGAUAAUCUUGAUGAUUUAUUGGAUGCGACUAAAGAAGUAGCUGCAACCAUAAAACCCAAAAAUGCUAGAAAAAGGGCUUCUUCUAGGAAAGGUUUACAAAUGAUUGAUAAAUUUUUUAAUCGUAAGGUUGAGCAAGUGGAAAGCACAACACAUCAGACGCCAUGCAAAGCAGUUCUAUUGCCAUCAGAAGUUCAUUGUUCGACUCCGUUAACAAAGAGCGUACUUUCAGAUUUACCCAGCGACGAAGAUGAGGCAAUUUUCGAUAUGUCGAAUAUUAUUAACGAAAUUGUGGAGAAAACUCAGCCCAAUCAUAUUUUAACAUCGUACAAUGGUAAACAAUUACGCUAUGAACCCAUUUCAAGGGAUAUUAGUUUAUUAUUAAAUCAACGUUCAACGUCAGCAGCACUUAGCAUAUCCAAAUCUUUUGACGAUUUGGACAUAUUGAGUACAAAAAAACGAUAUCCAUCAAACUCAAUCCGCUUAUCUCGUCAGAGUGCUAAACGUAUAUCAUUGGAUGAUAGUUUCGAUAUAUUGGUUAAAAUGGGUAAUAAAACGAAUAUAAAAAUGUCGAACGUUAUCAAAAGAGGAUCAUCAAUAUUAGUCGAUUCUUGUAAGGAAAAGGAAUGUUUACGCCAGGCCUUGAGUGAAAGCAAUUUUGAAGACGAUGGCAAUGCCAGUCAUUUUUUCAGCGGCAGCUACCAUCAAGAAAAUGAAGAUAAUUUUGAAAAAUAUAUGGAAAUUAGUUUUGCGGCAAAAAAACAAAAUGAAAACUAUAUGUUAAAUAUGAAAAAAAUGAAUUUAAAAAUGAAAGAAGAACAUGAUUCAAGUGUAUUACCAAAAACUCCAGAGGAAUUUUUAGGAUCAAAGUGUGAAGAUUUUGAAAGAGCUUUGGAAGAUGUAAAGACAUGGGCUUCUAUACCAAUGUUAAAUUAUACGGCAUUGCACAAGUUGAAGGAUUGCAGUCUUGUACGAUUUCGUGGUAUGAUACAAGAUAUGCAAGAUCCCGAGAUUUAUUUGGAAAAAUAUGAAGUAAGAAAUUCUGAAAAUGCAUACAGUGUCCGCAUUCAAGAAGGAAAAUACCGUGAUAUUUUAAAAUUAAACCUAGGAGAAGAAGUGGAUUAUGAAGCCGGCAACCAUCAGCAUGGAGAACGGAGAACCUUAUUUGUUGUUUCAAUACCGGCUGUAAAUGAGUGGUGCAUGGAAUAUGAGAAGAGUUGUAACCAAGAUAACAUACCAGAAAUAAUUCCCAUUGAAGAAUAUGCAAGAGAUACUAUGAAAAGAUCAGCAUCUGACGAACGGGCAGAUACUGUAUCAACCUCUAAUUUAAACACAAACACUGAGUUCAAUAAACGGCAGAAAGCAGGCGAUCGUGUGGAGAAGACUGCGUGCUCUACUUUGAAUGCGGAGUAUUUGCUUAACUCCCCCGUACCUGGUCGUCCGAGUAAAGCUUGCAUGAUUAAAAUAUAUAAAGAUUUUGACGCAUUUACUCUAAAUACCAUAGUAGAUGUUGUGGGCUUUCUUUCCAUAGAUCCCCGCCUUGAUGCUACUGCCAUGGAAAUUGAUUUUGAAAAUGAAUCUGAAUUGCAAGCACAAUACCCGCCUCCGUCAUUAAUACCACGUCUUCAUGCCAUAAAAAUACAUAAGCUAUCUCAUGCCAAUCCAUUAUUGGAUACACGGUUCCUUUCCUCUAAAACAUCUAUGCCACGAGACUGCCCUAACUUUAAAAUAAAUUCGAUACAAAAAGAUUUACACACUUUAUUAAAGUUGUGUCUCUUCAAUGAUGAAUUGGCCGCAGAUUAUGUUUUAUCCCAUUUAAUUUCAACAGUUUAUAGUCGUUGCGACUUACAAACCAUUGGUAAAUUAUCUAUAAAUAUUUGGAAUUUGCCCAAGCAAGUGCUCAAGGAUUAUGUAAAGCAGUUUUAUGAAAUUCUUGAGCUGAUUAUACCCGCAAGUCACUAUUUACCUAUGUCUCUGGAAGUUAUGAAUGAAGUCAACUUUGUUCCAAGAAAGGACUACGAUACCAAUAAAUUAGUAUCUGGACUUUUACAAUUGGCACCACAUACCCAUUUAAUACUGGAUGAGACUAAAAUGCAAGAGGGCAAAUUAGAAUCAAAUGGUAUUAAGGGUGUGCAAAGCAUAGCAGAUCUAAUCAAUAAUCAGCAAAUCAAAUAUAAUUUUCUUUAUUAUGAGAUCGAGUAUAACGUCGAUAUACCAGUGCUCGUAUUUAGUGAGGGCCGCAGCAUGCUACCGAACGAUAUCUCCUUACCCCUCGAAGCGGAUGUUGAAUCUGUGAAAAUGAUUGAUGAAGUUAUGAAAGCUGCCCGCCAUUAUCUUCAUCAACAUUCACGCUUAGAUCAAUUUCGACGAUAUUUAACUAUAUCGAAAUUGUCAGAGUUCACUAUGAAUCCGACGGAUGAAGGAAUGAUACAGGAUGAUUUCGUGACAAUGCGUAAAAUGAACUCUGUUACAACUGCCGAUGAUCUGCACAAUUUACUGGUAGUGUCGCGUUUAUUGGCAAUUGCUCGAGGUAAAAAAGUGCUAGAUAGAGAAUCGUGGGAAUUGGCGAAAACUAUGGAAGAGCAACGCAAGCAUCGUAUUACGAAAUUACCAAAGUCCAAAGUUUGCUUACGUUAGCAUCAUUUUUAACAGGACUGGAAACAACACAAGUAUUCU